AGUUAACAUGCCGGCGCGCUAGCUUAAUCCACUAGGUUUUUUUAUUUUCUUUUUCUCCCUCCAACGACCUCGCGGAUGCGAACGCGGAUUGUUUCGUGCUUGUUUUUUUGUGGAGGCGUUUGAACUUCCCUCACAUUCUCUCCUACGUAUUUCCACGAAGGGAGGUGGCGGCGGCGGCCAUCUUUGGAGCUGCCUGGGAGUGGGGAUUCGUCUCCUUUGGCACCCCAGUUACUUCGAGGGUGGGGAUUUUUUUUUAAACCUACAGUAAUACACAAACCCGCCGUUUAUAAUCGACUGACAGCGUCAAGAACCGCGAGGAUUUGACCUACGGCAGCAUCGGGCCGGGGAUGAACGGCGAAACAACACUUUCAUAGUCCCGAACUGUUUUGAAUAACACGACAUUCUCUACAGUGCCGAAGCCCGGCCUGUCAGGAGAAGGCCCUGAAGACAUAUGAGACCACUGUCCUGCAGAUGAGAAAUCGGUGGGGGCUUUCAAGGCGCUGUCGCAGACCCAGAUAGUUCCUGGCGACAGCGGCUGUGCCCCCAACUUCCCAUCAUGCCCAACAGCAGUCGGGCGGGGAGCCUGAAGGACCCCGAUGUUGCUGAGCUCUUUUUCAAGGAGGACCCAGAAAAGCUCUACUCAGAUCUGCGAGAGAUCGGACAUGGCAGCUUUGGUGCUGUAUAUUUUGCACGGGAUGUGCGGACGAAUGAGGUGGUGGCCAUCAAGAAGAUGUCUUACAGUGGAAAGCAGUCCACAGAGAAAUGGCAAGACAUAAUCAAGGAGGUGAAAUUCCUGCAGAGAAUACAGCACCCAAACAGCAUCGAGUACAAAGGAUGUUACCUGCGAGAGCAUACAGCCUGGUUGGUAAUGGAGUAUUGUUUAGGCUCUGCUUCAGAUUUGUUGGAAGUUCACAAGAAACCCCUGCAAGAAGUUGAAAUAGCUGCAAUUACCCAUGGCGCUCUUCAAGGGUUGGCUUAUCUUCACUCCCACAACAUGAUUCACCGAGAUAUCAAGGCAGGUAAUGUCUUAUUGACGGAGCCAGGGCAAGUAAAACUGGCAGAUUUUGGUUCUGCUUCCAUUGCCUGUCCUGCCAACUCCUUUGUUGGGACUCCAUAUUGGAUGGCCCCAGAAGUCAUUUUAGCUAUGGAUGAAGGCCAGUAUGAUGGAAAGAUCGACAUUUGGUCCUUGGGAAUAACCUGCAUUGAAUUAGCUGAGAGGAAGCCUCCACUGUUCAACAUGAAUGCGAUGAGUGCCUUAUACCACAUAGCACAGAAUGAGAGCCCCAUGCUGCAGUCCAGUGAAUGGACAGACUAUUUUCGAAAUUUUGUAGAUUCCUGCCUUCAGAAAUUUCCCCAGGACCGGCCGAACUCUGAGGAGCUGUUGAAGCACGCGUUUGUUCAGCGUGAGCGGCCAGAAUCCGUUCUCAUUGAUCUGAUCAGUCGGACCAAGGACGCGGUGCGAGAGCUCGACAAUCUGCAGUAUCGUAAGAUGAAGAAGAUCUUGUUUCAGGAAGCGCACAAUGGCCCCACAACGGAGGCACAAGACGAGGACGAGGUCGGUCACAGGACUCUUUAUCAGCCAUUUCUUUCUGUCUGUUCCGUUUCGCAGUGUGAUGUCAUAAGCGCACGUUGUUUUAUUUUGAAGGAUCCGGAGCAUGGCGUGGGUAGGACGGGUACAGUCAACAGCGUGGGGAGCAACCAGUCCAUACCCAGCAUGUCAAUCAGUGCCAGUUCCCAGAGCAGCUCUGUCAACAGUCUCACCGAUGCGGGCGAUGACAAGAGUGAGGUGGACAUCGAGGGAGAUCACACGGUCAUGUCCAACAGCUCUGUGAUACACCUCAAACCGGAGGAGACUUACAACGAGGAGUCAGAGCCUAACACCCGGCCUACCGAUCCACAAACCCCGCCCGCACAAACUCCGCGGCCAAAACGCAACCGCGAACACUUUGCCACGAUACGGACAGCCUCAGUGCUCACUCGGCAGAUGAAGGAGCACGAGCAGGAUUCCGAGUUAAGGGAGCAGAUAUUGGGCUACAAGCGCAUGAGGCGGCAGCACCAGAAGCAGCUGAUGGCUCUGGAGAACAAGUUGAAAGCUGAGAUGGAUGAGCACAGGCUCCGCCUGGACAAGGAGCUGGAGAACCAGAGGAACAGCUUUGCCCAGGAGAUGGAGAAACUGAUCAAGAAGCACCAGGUGUCCAUGGAGAAAGAUGCAAAAACAUUUAACAAUGAUGAGAAGAAGUUCCAACAGCAUAUUCAGAGUCAGCAGAAGAAAGAGCUAAACAGCUUUCUCGAAUCCCAGAAACGGGAGUACAAGCUUCGCAAGGAACAACUUAAAGAGGAGUUGAAUGAAAACCAGUCAACGCCCAAGAAAGAAAAGCAGGAGUGGUUGUCCAAGCAGAAGGAGAACUUCCAACACUUCCAAGCGGAGGAAGAGGCCAACUUGGCGCGCAGACAGAGGCAGUAUCUGGACCUGGAGUGCCGCCGGUUCAAGCGCAGGAUCUUGAUCGCUCGCCACAGUAUCGAACGGGACUUGGUGCGCGAGGAGCUGAACAAGCGUCAGACCCAGAAGGACUUGGAACACGCCACGCUGCUCCGGCACCACGAGUCCAUGCAAGAGCUGGAGUUCCGCCAGCUUAACAACAUCCAAAAGACGAGGGCCGAGCUCAUCCGCCUGCAGCACCAGACGGAACUCACCAAUCAGCAGGAGUACAACAAGAGGAGGGAGCGGGAACUCCGGCGGAAACACGUCAUGGAGGUUCGCCAGCAGCCCAAGAGCCUCAAGUCCAAAGAGCUCCAGAUUAAAAAGCAGUUCCAGGACACAUGUAAGAUCCAGACCAGGCAGUACAAAGCGCUAAGGAACCACCUGUUGGAGACCACACCAAAGUCAGAACACAAGGCUGUCCUUAAACGCCUGAAGCACGAGCAGCACCGCAAACUUGCCAUCUUGGCCGAGCAGUAUGACCACUCCAUCAAUGAGAUGCUUUCUACUCAGGCGCUUCGCCUGGAUGAGACUCAGGAGGCUCAGUGCCAAGGCCUCCGAAUGCAGCUGCAGCAGGAGCUGGAGCUUCUCAACGCCUACCAGAGCAAGAUCAAGAUGCAGAGCGAUGCCCAGCAUGAGCGGGAGAGGAAGGACCUGGAGCAGAGGGUGUCGAUCCGGAGGGCCCUGCUGGAACAGAAGAUUGAGGAGGAGAUGGUGUCCUUGGAGAAUGAACGCUUGGAGCGAAUCCGGAGCCUGCUGGAACGCCAAGCCCGAGAAGUUGAGGCUUUUGACUCGGAGAGCAUGCGCCUGGGCUUCAGCAAUAUGGUGCUGUCCAGCAUCUCCCCGGACGCCCUCAACAACAGCUUUCCUGGGGCUCCGGCGAGUUGGAGUCACCCUGAGCAACAGCACCCGUCCCCAGGCUCUCUGGGGUCGCAGUGGAGCAGCGGCGCCUCGAGUAUCGGGUCGAGCCACCACCACUACCACUCCAGCCCGGGAGGGGUGCCUAUGCAGCAAGGCUGGGGGCAGGGCAUGCAGAGAGGCAGCCUGCCGUCGCCGUGGGGCCAACAGUCAGCUGCUGGCCUGGUGUCCCGCAGCAGUGGAGGUGCACAGAACAGCCCCCAAGCAAUGGGGAGGACACCCUCAGGAGGACGCAGUGAGCAGAACAUGAGCAGGAGCACCAGUGUCACCUCGCAGAUAUCUAACGGGUCACACCUCUCCUACACAUAAAUAACCCCCCCCAAUCCCCCUGAAUCUGAGCGUGGAAAUGUAGAAUCCAACUAACGAAGCAGGACUAUAGGAAUAUUGGCAGAGCUCCGCCGCUCCGUCUCGCUCGCUGCGUUCCCCCCUCCCCACCCCCCCGUGUACAGAUGUGGAUCUGCGAUGAAAAUAAAUGUUGCUCAGGUCAAAAGGGCUGGAAGAGACGCAGCCCGUCCUCACGGCAGUUUAUCGGCACACGCACAGAUCCUUAAAUUUAUGUUACAUAAGAUAUUUGAGUGUCAACACGCAAUGCUCCAACUGGUUUUAAUUUACUCUCCUUCGGAUUUUAUUUUUUCUCUGUGUUAUGUGCUUUUCACAGCCUUUGCUCUCAUUUUGCACAUGAAACACUGUUAAAAAGCUUUUGACACAUGUUAACGGUGUCCUUUUUAGAAAUGUGGCAUUGAACAAUCAAAGACAACUCGUUCUAUUUAGGACUCCCUUCAGAUUCUCAUUCUGUUAUGCACUGGUCCAUUUUCUGACGGUGGUUAAAGUGUGGCAAACUGAACUAAAGUUGCUUUGCUGCUGUAGUACCAGCCUGCUGUAAUGGUCAUCGUGAUAAAUUAGAUGCCUCCGUUUAUUCAGUACUUUAAUGUCAGCCGAUUUCCCUUUUAGCAGCCCAAAAUAGACAUAAAAUUUCAGAGCCAAAUAAACAAACCGUAACCGUUUGAAGCUUACGUUCCAACUCUACUACAGUGCCUUUAUAAGCAUUGAUUAUAAAACCCCAAACUCAGAUGUCUAUAGUUCGAUAUUUUAAAUUUCAUCAUCAGUUUAUAAUCAGUGCCAGUGUAUAUGUUUAGUUUAUUUUUUAACUACAUAUCUAUAUUAUUAUACGUACUGUGUAUGCAGUAAAGUCUUAUAAAUGGUGAGAAAUUGGUAACUAUAUAUUCUUGGUCUUUCAGAGUGGCGGUACUCUAGGGGUCGAAGCGUUCCAUAGAAUGUCGUCCUACACACCUACAGAAGGAAUUGUACAGAGUUUAAAAAGAAAGACUACUUUGCCUUCAAAAACAAUCCUAGUAUUGAUUUAUUUUUUCUUAGUGCCUUUUUCGAACUGCUGCCUUUUUCAAAGCACUUUAAACAGCGGAAUGUGUAAAGUUUGCCGACUUCUCGCUGAACACCUGGCAGGUGAGCGUGUCGUCGGUACGUGUGGCAUCGAGUGGAGAAGUGGAGCGAGCCUGUGCUGGGCCUUGUACGACCAACUCCCCCAAGUACAGGCCAGACCUAAUGUACGGCCAUACACAGUGUGAAUGAUGAAAGCCCCCCCUCCCGCUCCCCCCCACCCCUCACACAGCUUUAACUUGUGAUUUGAAAGCAUAGCUGUGUCGGUAAUCUCCACUGUGUGUUGAUGCGUUGAUGACUUUUUGAUUCAAUAGAGCGGUUGUGAGGAUGCUGCGGAUUUCUGGGCCUACAGUUGUGAAUAGCUGAGGAGGAGAGUUCAUCCCGUGCGGGCAGAAGGCUUUAGAUAAUCGUCAUGACCAUGACAGCAGGCUUGCUGAGAAAAACUACAACACUGUUCGAAAUGUCGGGGCCCAGUUGAGUGACAUUACCAAUGUAGGAGGUGCUAAGUUAGAAAUGUGACACCAUUUUGUCAAAAACCCAAGGACAAGGGGGCACUGAGACAAGCACACGCUUGCGCAAUGACAUUGUAUCACACAAAUGUAAAAAUUAGUCAAUGCACCCUCUGGAAAAACAGCCAAAUACAAAAUACAUUUAGGCAAAAAGCAUUUAAGUAUUCCUUUUGAUCGCUCCAGCUGUUAAAUAUCUGCCUCCGUCUGGUUUGGGUUGGAACUCAUUAGAGAAGUCGGUGCCCUUUAAACCUUUUAAAGGGUUAGGCUUUCCAUACGGAGUAUAACACCUUUUUGUUGAAAAGGCCAUUAAAGAUAAUAAUCCAGAGAUGAGAAGGAUAUAUAUUGUCCCUCGAAUCACAACGCUGGGGUAAAUGUUUAUAUUGUGUAUAUUUUAUUAAAGAAAACAUUUAAAGACUAAACUUGCAUUUUAAGAAAUUUAAUUUCUAAAAACUAACUUUAUUUAACUGACAGACCACACUGAUGUUAGCAAACCCUUUCGCUCUCACGGUGGGUUUGAGCUCAUUUUUAUUUUAUUUUUUUAAAUGCCACUUCUUCAGUCAAGCAGACCUCUCUAAGCGUUAUCACCGAUGAGCGAUUGUGCUCCGAUGAGCACAAUCUGGCCCCAUUCCACUCUGAUUCACAGCCACCUGUUCACAUGCUGGCUCUUACUGAAUGUCAUACUAGGAUAAUAUCAGGUUUGAAGAGACAAAUGCUGGGGUUUUCUUUCUCAAAUACAUGCGUACAUAUUCUAUCCUUGAAGGUAUGCAUUAUGUUAGGCUUCUCAUGGCUUGGUCCUAAAACACAAUUUUGCAAAGGCAGAGCGACAAGUUCCAGCUACUGUAACACAGCAAGUUGUGGUCAUGAUUUCUUCUAUUCAUUGAUACGUGGUAAAGUAAAAGGAGAAUGUAUUUAUCUUGAUCUACUUAAAGUCAAGAGCCAAGGCCAAGAGUUUUAAUGUCAGGCCAAUCAAACGUCACAUACAUGCCAACCAUAAGUUUGUGUGGUCAACUUUAGUUCACUUUAAUGUUAGUGUCCUGAGUGUGGAUGUGGCUGUCAAUCAUUGUCUCAACAACCCUGGAUUUUAUUUGUUUUUUAUUUUUUAUUUUUUUUUAUUUUUUUUUUAAACUCAAAUUUUGUCGUCCUGACUGAAAGCUUAUGGGAAUUAGAAUGAGAAUCGGCAACAAAAAUGGCGAUCCUUUCUAUGGUCAAACACUGUGCCAUACCCUAGUUGCCAAGCCCAGAUACCACUAUUUCGUCAUGUUGCCACGUUUUUAACCUAUCAGUGGGCUGAUGGCGUGAAGUAUAUAAAUAUAUGAUACAUAAAAACAUCUUGGUUCUGGCCUGGUAGCCAAAGUUGAAAAGCUUGAAAAGAUCAAGUGGAUGACAGGCAAAUUAUGAAGAGAGAUUUCAUUUUUUUGAAGAUGUCAGUAUUCUUCUUUGGCACAUUACCACUACAACUCAUAACUUGUAUCACAAUGUAUAGACAGUGGAAGUUGUUAUUGAAUGUCGGAGAUAUAAGGAUACUACAUAAGAGAUGGUAAAGUACUAAAAGUGGAGUGAAAUUGUAUAAAAAGAUUCAUAAAACAAAAUAAAAAUAGGGUCAAAAUGUACUAUUUGUAUUAUAUUUAGCAUUGUGUUGGCAGAGGGAUAUUGAACAGAAAUCAGCUGUAAUAAAGUAAUUUUAGUACAACUA